AUGACUCCCAUGUGCGGGGUGAGGUUAUCAAAAUAUUUCAUUCAGUUUGCUUUAACAUACCUAGUCUUGAAGAUCAAUCUCUGCCAGUCUCAAUUUAUCGAUUUCCAAUAUUUUACCCCAGCUUUAUCAAUCAUCAAUGGACCUCAACCCGAUCAAAACAUCGAUGCCGGCCAAAACCUUCAGUUUUCCUUAGAAGUAAGUGGCAAUGGUAAAUUACCACCAGCAAGCCUAGAGCCAGGAAACCAACAGGCGACCACAAUCCUGAGCCUUAGUGUCUUCUUGAUCAAUGCCGAUUUGAACAUGACGAUAUUUGAAAAUCUGAAUCUUCUGGAACUAGAGAGGGGUAGCAGUGUCAAGCACUAUGAUUUCCAAUUGCCAUCAUGUACACCUUCAGGCACCUAUCAACUUAAAUACGAAAUGAGUGACAUAUAUUGGUCUGUUAUAAUCUUCUUAAGGUCACAUAUCAUGAGACUUGGUUCGCCUUUGCUGUGUUGCUCACCUCUUUCGAAAUUGAAUUCAGAUAUCAAUGUCAACAACCCGGAUGGGCAUAGCUCCAAAACCUGUCAGGGCGCAACACCACCAAAAGACAAGCCUCAGGACUCUAAACCACCAGCUCAGCCGUUCUUAGGGAAAGGGACUACAGGUUUAGAUAUCAAAACAGAUUCAAUGGAAGCACCAACUGCUGCACCCGUUGAUGUACCAGCUGCUAAACCUGUUGAUGUACCAGUUGCCAAACCUGUUGAUGCACCAGUAGCUGAAUUUGCUGAGGGUUUGCUAAGUCACGACAUCGUGAAUCGUGCUACAGCGGCAGAUUUAGGUGUAUUACAAGCAAAGUCAGAUUCUCAAACUUCAGCUACCACUCCCAAGGCAGUACCAUUCAGUCAAUUCAAGAUUGAAAAUGUAAAGAAAGCACCAUUAGCAGUCACACUUGUGUCUGAAGCCCCAUCAACAAAAGAGGAGACUCCAUCAGCAGAAGGAUUAGCUGUUGCUGAAGCGUUAACCAAAAAUUCAUCUCCUUCUUCUGAUGGGUCAAAAGCCAAAUUCUCCUCACUAGGGAAUCAAAAAUUCACUAAAUCUGUCGCCGAUGCACGUCAAAAGGCCUCUUCAAGUGCCAACCAUCAAGGUUCUAAUGACAAGAAUUCUGACCCUCAAUCUAACAUUCAUGAUCCUCUCUCAAACCAGAAAACCUCACAUGAAACUCAAAAUCAUGAACAAACUCUCAGUCCCAAUCACUCUCAAUCAGUCUUUUCAAACAAAUCAUCAAAAGAUGGUAAACUGUUUGGUGUACCACUUAUCUCUUCCGCAUCAUCUUCAACAUCAAUUGUAACUAAUCAUAGGACGCUGUAUCAUCUCUUGAUCUUCUUGUGUUUAAUUAGUCUUUCACUCUGA